UAGCGUUCGGUUCACAAGUAGACAGUGUUGUGAGAGCUUUGGCAUUUGUUUAAAAUUUAAAUAAAUAUAGUCGAUUUUUUGGGCAAUAAAACCCACACACACAUUAACAAUGGCUGCCAAUAAAUUGUGCUGCACUUUGGCUAUAGGUGCUAUUCUGUGCCUGGGCUUUGCGGUUCUGAUACAAGCGCAGGAUAAGCCCGUGACUGAUGUGUGCCUGGGCUGCAUCUGCGAGGCCAUCAGCGGCUGCAAUCAGACCCGUUUCUGCGGUGGAGGGGUCUGUGGCCUGUUUCGCAUCACCUGGGCCUACUGGGCGGAUGGCGGCAAGCUGACCCUGAACAACGAAAGUCCCCAGUCGGAGGAGGCCUUUGCCAACUGCGUCAACGAUCCCUAUUGCGCGGCCAACACCAUCCAGAACUACAUGACCAAGUUUGGACAGGAUUGCAAUGGCGAUGGCGGCAUCGAUUGCUACGACUACGCGGCCAUACACAAGCUGGGCGGCUAUGGCUGCAAGGGCGAACUGAGCUAUCAAUACCAGAGCGCCCUGGACAAGUGCCUGUCCACCUUCUCGUCCAUAGAUGUGCGCACAACGGGCUAAGCUAUAUUAUCUACGAGUAUAUACUUUAAUUAUUUAUAUGCAGCUACGAGUUGGAAUUUGUAUACUUUAAUCGUUUGAAUUGUGCAAAAACCUUAUGACAAUAACUGAAACUUUUAUAAUAAUAAACGAAAACUAUACGAUA